UCGGCGGUUAGCAAAAUCCGUUGACUUGGUACAUUGUGUGCAUUUGCUCCUUGAGCACCUAUCCUCCUCCAAAAUUUAGCUGUUUAUAUUCAACAUUUCCACGUCUUCUUCUUUUAUUCUUUCUCUCAAUUGAAUUGAUCCUUAUUUCCUUUUUCUAUUCCCAAUUUUCAAUUUCUUUCUAAAUAAUUUAUCACUCUAUUUUUGGGUUUUAUUUUUCUUUUCUUGGGAGACUAACAGGAAAAAACCACGACUUGCUCAAAAUAUAGGAACGAACCCAGAAAUUUCACAAAGUCCACCGUUUAAUCUUUUGUUAGCUGUAUUUAAGAGUCUAAAUAGUAACCAGGGUUUAUUGGAAGAAGAAACAAGAAACAAAAUGGGUAAUUGUUGGGGAUCUAGACAAGAACCUACCAAUCCAAUCAUUUACUCUCCUCCAGACAUAAGAACGUUACAAAACACACCACCACCGAUUCAACCAAAUAACGUGCUGGGAGGAAGAGUAAACCCGCCAGGAGGAGUCGGAGUAGGAGUAGGAGUAGAAAUAGGAAUAGGACGCAUCAUAAAACCGAACCCAAAAAUAUACACAUUUGCGGAACUAAAAAGUGCGACACGAAAUUUUAAACCGGAUUCGGUGUUAGGAGAAGGAGGGUUUGGAAGAGUGUAUAAAGGAUGGAUUGAUCAAACAACAUUAGCACCUUCCAGACCUGGAGUUGGUAUUCCUGUUGCUGUAAAGAAAUGCAAUGCUGAUGGUGGCCAAGGUCUCAAAGAAUGGAAAACAGAGAUCAACUUCUUGGGCAAAUUUUCUCAUCCGAAUUUGGUUAGAUUAAUUGGUUAUUGUUGGGAAGAGAAGGAGCUUCUACUUGUCUAUGAAUACAUGAAUAACGGAAGUUUAGAAAACCACCUCUUUCAAAGAGGUGUUAAUCCCCCAUCUUGGAGUACAAGAAUAAAUAUUGCAAUGGGUGCAGCCAGAGGACUUGAUUUCUUACAUACAUCUGAAAAUACUGUUAUCUAUCGUGAUUUUAAAGCUGCUAAUAUUUUAUUGGAUCAGAAUUUUGAAGCCAAACUGUCAGACUUUGGGCUUGCCAGAUUAGGCCCACCAGUUGAUAAAUCUCAUGUGACUACACAAGCUGUGGGUACAUAUGGAUAUGCCGCCCCUGAAUAUAUUAAUACAGGUCAUUUAUACGUACGGAGUGAUGUGUACGGUUUUGGCGUAGUAUUAUUAGAGAUAUUAACAGGCCUUAAGGCUUAUGAUACAAACAGGUCCAAUGGGCAGACAAGCUUGGUUGAUUGGUUCAAGCCUAUCCUUAGUGAAAAGUAUAAAUUAAAGAAGAUGAUUGAUCGAAGAAUGGAUGAGUAUCCUUCUGAAGGUGUUAACAAAUUGGCCCAACUUAUAUUAAGAUGUCUUCAAAAUGACCCCAAAAAAAGGCCUCCAAUGUCAGAAGUUCUUAUCAUAUUGGAAAGAAUAAGUACCAUUAGGAUCCCAAAGCCCGUUUCUUCUAAACCCAAAAGGCCUCAUAGCUAUCCUACAACUCCGGCCCAUUAUCAACGUGGAGAAGGUGCAACUUCUAGCCCUAGGCCACAAACAUAUCCUAGGCUAAAACCGAGAACAUGAUGAGGAGUUUAAUAGUGUAAGAGCUUCUAUACUUCCCCUUUUGGACUUCAAGACUGAUUAUAUUGUUUUAAUCAAAUUGCUAUAUUUUUAUUAAAAAAUUGAAAAUGCAGCAAUUCUAUUAGGCAAAAAUUAACUGUUACUAAAGAAAAUUAACAAUAUAGUAGUAUAUGUUAUACAUCACUUUCUAGUUGGCAUGUAUAAAGAGGGGCAUAUUUUCUUUUUUAUUACAGGUAAGUAAAGGGAGUGAAUAGAAUUACACAAUGGAAAAAAUUGUUUUUAGCAAGUUUGUGAAUUUUCCAAAUUACGCAUACAUACAGUUGAUCCAUCAACUAGAAAUUUGAUUGGGUAAAUGUGUAAAAUAGACAUUUGAUUGGGAAUUGACAUUGAAUUUCAGAAUUAGGAUCCUUAGGAAAUGGGGUUUUCUAUA